CUCGAUCUUUACCUCGGUUCAUCUCCACCCUCCAAUCGCUUUCUCUCUCUAACUCUCCCUCUCUCUCUAGAAGAAAAGUUUAUUCCGAAUUUUGAUUCUGCUCAGAUUAGAUCCCAUAAUAAAUAAAAUUUUUCAUUGUUGGAUCCGUUUUCCGUCCACGCUUUGACAAAUCGCUAUUCCCUAUAUAUUCCUCCUCAUCCUCUUCCUCAAACUGUUCUUGUUUUUCUUCUCACACCCACAAAACUCAUAACUCACCAACACAUAAUCAAAGAGAGAGAGAGAGAAAAAAAAACUUCAAAAUUUCAAUGCAAUUUGCUCAGAAAAUGCAACCCUUGAAAAUGGGGUUCCUUCAGUACAUCGAAGCAUUGGAGGAAGAAAGAAGGAAAAUUCAAGUUUUCCCUAAAGAGCUUCCUUUGUCAUUAGAGCUUGUCACGCAAGCAAUUGAGGCUUGUAGGCAGCAAUUGGCUGGAACGGUAGCGGAGUACAAUUUGAAUGGCCAAUCGGAGUGUUCGGAACAGACAUCAACGGAUGGACCUGUUUUUGAGGAGUUCAUUCCUCUAAAGAAAAGGGCAUCUCAAGAUUCUGUUGAAGAAGAAGAUGAAGAUGAAGAACAUUUUCAUAAACACAAAAAAACCGCCACUGAUAAAAAAAAAUCAGAUUGGCUCAGAUCCGUUCAGUUGUGGAAUCCCAAUCCCCCUCCUACCAAAGAGGACGUUGUUGUGCCUAGGAAAACUGAUGUUGUGGAAGUGAAGAGAAACGGUGGAGCUUUUCAACCGUUCCAAAGAGAGGAAAAAAGUGGUGAUGCAAAGGCUAGUAUUAAUAAUGAUGCAUCAGCAAUUGGUAAAGCACCCUCUUCACCACCAGUGCCUGCUACAAGUUCUACAGGACCAGUGAGAGUAGAAAACAAAAAAGAAGAGAAAGGACAAGCUCAGAGAAAGCAACGCAGGUGUUGGUCACAGGAAUUGCACAAGAGAUUCUUGCAUGCACUUCAACAACUUGGGGGUGCAGACUCUGCCACGCCUAAACAGAUCAGGGAGCUGAUGAAGGUUGAUGGCCUAACCAAUGAUGAAGUCAAAAGUCAUUUACAGAAAUUUCGUCUUCACACUAGAAGAAGCCCCAUAAUCCACAACAAUGCAAGUUCACAAGCAGGCCCUUUAUUUCUUGUGGGGAACAUUUUUGUUCAGCCACCAGAAUAUGCUGCAGUAGCAACCACCUCAACAGCAUCUGGAGAGGAAUUGACCACAGUUACUACUACUACUGCUCCAACUGGAAUAUAUGCACCUGUGGCUGCACACCCUCCAGCUGUCACCCACACAUUACCAAUUAUGAAGCAGAAGGAGCAUUCACACUCUGAGGAAAGACCUAAUCAUAGUGUUCUUUCAAACUCACCUGCCUCAUCAUCCUCCACACACACCAUCACAACUUCACCACCUGUCCCCAAUUGAUUUUGAUCAACUUGCUGUAAAAAAUUUUGUAAACAUAUUCUAGUACAAAAGAAAGUCUCUAUUGUUAUUCUCUUAGUGUAUGUUUAGAUUAAUUUAUUUUAAGAAAAUAGUUUUAUUUUCUGUAA